AUGACUGAGGAAGACCUGAGUUUCUGCUCUGACAUCACGGAGAGUCAGUGUCACAUGCUGCCGUACAACCAGAGCGGCGUGUUGCCGGGGACGACGGUCGUCAAGAUCAGCGAGCUGCAGAUGUUCCUCAAGUUCUUCAGCUACCUGAGUCGACUGUCCUGCUACAGACACAUCAUGCUGUUCGGAUGCUCCAUCGCACUCCCACAAUGCAUCAGCCACAGAGACCGCAGGACUCUGGUUCUGCCCUGUCGGUCGUUCUGUGAAGCGGCUCGUGAGGGCUGUGAGCCCGUGCUGCAGAUGUUUAACGCGUCCUGGCCGGAGUUCCUGCGCUGCUCUCAGUUCACCAACAACACGGGAAUGAACGCUGAAAACACGCCGCUCUGCUACACGCCGCGACACGCCAGAGGAAAGCUCUCUGCGUGCGGAGGAAGCGAUCACUUCCUGUGUGCGACCGGAAUAUGCCUCCCCCUGAAACUAGUGUGCAACGGAUUCAACGACUGCAACGACUGGAGCGACGAGGCUGACUGCACUUGUGCAGAUGCUCAGUAUCUGUGUGCUACCGGUCGCUGCAUCAGUUCUGAUCUGCUGUGCGACGGCUACGAUGACUGUGGAGAUCUGAGCGAUGAGCAAAACUGUGUGUGUGACCCGACUAAAGAGCAUCACUGUGGAGAAGGACGCUGUAUUCCUCGAGACUGGCUCUGUGAC